AACAAGAAGUGCGCGUUUAAGUUUGUCGUCGGUACUUGGCCCCAGCGCUGAUGUCAAAACGCGAUUUUUGCUCUCUGAUCUUGCCGCAGCGAGUACGCAGGCGUCUUCAAGAGCCUGGUAUUGAACAUGACGACGACCUAAUGGCAGCCGGUCCGUCCUUCGCGGCUGAGGCGACCUUGGUUCUCGAACGACGGCGCGAGACUCCCGUCUUCACGUUUAACACCGCUUUGGAGUGCCUCAAGCGCAGCGAAAAAACACAGCGCAUAGCGACAUGGAUUCCCAGCAUCGACGCUAUGCUAGACGGUGGCAUUCCCCGACACAAGAUAAUCGAAGUUACAGGCGCCGCCGGCACUGGGAAGACCCAGUUUUGCAUGCAGGUGGCAGCGUCCAACGAGCUGUCGAAGAAAUCGACCGUUUACGUAGAUUCGAAGGAGGAUUUCACGAUAGCGCGGUACCGAGAAAUCUUCGCGGGAACUUCGAGAAGGCAGGAGCGGAGCGGUGUGACGCGUGGCGAUGGCGGAGCCGGCCUUCGCUACACGUUGUGCGACUCGUGGCAACAACUGGUGGCCGCAGUUAGUCUUUUGCCCGACAGACUGAGAAACUGUGAGGCGAAGGAGGAGACAACGUUGGUCGUGUUAGACGGCUUCGACUUUCACCUGAGGAAUCAGCUGCACGAUCCCCGCGAGAGGAAGAAAGUGCUCAGUGGACUGACGCAGAAGCUCGUCGAAAUCGCGAACUGCGGUGCGGCCGUGCUGGUCACUAAUCACUUGUCCAUGAAGCCCAGUACAGCUGACCCGUCAUCCCUCGUGAUUGCUCCAGCCUUGGGACAGGGUUUCGGGCACGAGUGUGCGUACAGAACAACAUUCGCCGGAGAGGACGGUCUCUACAAGGCCACCUUUUACAAAGCACCAACUUUCGGACGUACCGUGGUGUCGUUUAGAAUACAACGUGAAGGUAUCGUUGAAGAUACGGAAGGUUUCUAAACACGAUAGGCUAUAAGCGCCAUGGGUACAUGUGAAAGAACCCCCGCAUGCUUGUGAUAUUACUGCCGGUGCAAGUGUAUAUUGUGGAAUCGACGAGUGUACUUAUUUCAAUUUCACGUUAAAUAAUGUUGGCCUUCUGUGAUGCGCUUAUCUGGUCACAGACUAUUUAUCAUAACAUGGUGGACGUUCAUGGGAGCAUGAAUUCUUGAAGUAGUGAGAAAUCAUUGAACGAUGGUUGUCACUUCAGCCAAUGUUCUGAGAGCAGGACGAAGCUAUGAAUGACCUUGUUGAAGUGUCUCCACGGACAUCCCUAGUUCAACAUUUUUUCAUCCCUGUUCAUCUUGUCACAGUGCUUUAUUGUUCUAUGAGAUGUGUCUG